AUGGCGCGUUCUGUAUCCCCUCGGCCAGAGUCAAGGGCCCGGAGGUCUUCUCGUAGCCCGCUGCGUGAAAACAGUCUUGAUAAUCGCAAUGGACACCGACUAGAAAGCCGAUCUAGGUCUCGCUCGCGAUCUAGACGUUUGUCAGUAAGCCGGAGUCGGAGCCGGAGCCGGAGUGUGGCCUCUCGAUCUUACAGGGAUAGAAGCUAUACUCGAAGUCUGAGUCCACCGGGUGCUUCAAGAAGUUCAAAGAUUGUCAUUGAAAAAUUGACUAAAAAUGUCACGGAGGCUCAUCUUCACGAAAUAUUUGGGGGGUUCGGAGAGAUCCAAAGUCUUGAUCUUCCCAUGAACAAUGCUUUUAUGACAAAUAGAGGUACGGCCUACAUCGUCUACCACGACCCUGCAGACGCGGAGGCGGCCAUUGCGCAUAUGCAUGAAGCUCAACUGGAUGGAGCUGUGUUGAGCGUUUCAAUUGAGGCUAUGGUCGUCAGAGGCACCCCCGAGGCCCACCUGUGGACAGCCGCUCUUCUCGCCAUUCCCCACACCCACCUAGGUCCCCUCCCUCGAGAAGGUAUCGCAGGUCUCGCCCCAUGGAAAGGCAUGAUCUUUACCGGCCGCGGUCUCUUUCCCAGUCUAGAUCUCGAUCGCCUCGUCGCUCUCGAUCGGUUUCUUCUCGAUCCCCGUCUGCAUCUCCAAGGAGAAGGUCACGAGCACAUGACGGAAGUCCUCGUCAAAGCAGACGGCGUAGCCCUAGCUACAGUAGCUACGGGUAUAGCAGCCGUAGCAGGAGCAGAACCCCAAGUCGAGAAAAAGGCCGCAAUCGAUUGCAGCGGGGUUUUGGAAGAUUAA